CGUCAUAAGCAGCUGUUUAUGAGAAAGUAGGUGUAUAGGUAUUUAUGUACAACAGUGAAUAGCAUGUACUUGUAAAAUUUGUGUAUAAAGUGUUUUGAAUUUGAAUAUGAAUGGACAAAGUGCAUUUAUUAUUAAUGAAGAAAGUCACGAAAAAAUAGUGACAGAAAAUGAAGAAGAGAAGCGUAAAGAGCGAAAAAGAGAAAAAACUAAUGCACGUCAAAGGGCAUAUUAUUAUCGUCAGAAAUAUUUGAAGAAAAAUGAAGAAAUAAUAAAAAAAGUACCAAAAUCAAAUGCUGAACGUCAAAGGAAAUUUCGUCAACAUAAUGCACAAAAAUCUUACAUGGAUAAUAUGUCUACAAAGGAGUUUGUAGAAUAUUGCAGGAAGCGACAUCCAUCAACAACGUGGAAUUACUUUCUAAAAUCCAGCGACCAACAGUCUGCUAAGUGCAAGAUAUGUUCUCGAGUUAUAAAAACCACCGGAUCAUCCACUAGUGGGUUACAUGCACAUUUGCGGUCGAGACAUAAGAUCAAAUUGGAAUUUGCUGAAAAAUGUUCUGGAAAGACCUCGUCACGAGUGCAGAGUGAAGAACAUACGACUCUAGAUACAAAUUUAGUAAUAGUUAAACAAGAACCAAUUACUGUCGAGAUCUCGUUUGAAGGUGGAAAGGCCUCGUCACGAGUCCAGAGUGAAGAACAUACGACUAUAGAUACAAAUUUAGUAAUAGUUAAGCAAGAACCAAUUACUGCCGAGAACUCGUUUGAAGGUGGAAAGGCCUCGUCACGAGUCCAGAGUGAAGAACAUACGACUAUAGAUACAAAUUUAGUAAUAGUUAAGCAAGAACCAAUUACUGCCGAGAACUCGUUUGAAGGUGGAAAGGCCUCGUCACGAGUCCAGAGUGAAGAACAUACGACUAUAGAUACAAAUUUAGUAAUAGUUAAGCAAGAACCAAUUACUGCCGAGAUCUCGUUUGAACGUGGAAAGGCCUCGUCACGAGUCCAGAGUGAAGAACAUACGACUAUAGAUACAAAUUUAGUAAUAGUUAAGCAAGAACCAAUUACUGCCGAGGACUCGUUUGAAGGUGGAAAGGCCUCGUCACGAGUCCAGAGUGAAGAACAUACGACUAUAGAUACAAAUUUAGUAAUAGUUAAGCAAGAACCAAUUACUGCCGAGAUCUCGUUUGAAGGUGAAGUACAAAACGAUGAAUAUAUUUAUGAUAGCAUAUUGCAAAGCAAAUAAAACAAGAAGGUGAUCAUUCUGAAUCUGAAUCAAUGAAGUUACUUAUUGCAAGAAUGGCAGCGCUGGAUGGAAUUUCUUUGAGCAAUUUUUGUACGUCGUUGGAUUUGCGUUGCCUUUUUGCUAAUGUAGGAUUUGAGCUGCCAACUUCAGUUGCAGAAGUUAUAAACAUAUUGACCGCAAAAGGUGAUAUUAUAAAGGCUGAAUUGGAGGAAAAAUUCGAGUAUUACAAAUAUGAUAAUUACAAAUUUUGUUUAAGUUUUCAACAAUAUCAGACGUCAUGCCAAUUGAAUUUGACGAAUUUCUAAAAAAAGUACAGUACUCCCAAACUGAUAAUGCGCAUAGAAAAAUUCGUCACUGUUCAGCAACUGUAAUAUUCCCCGAGCCUCCGAAGACGAUAUGUACGUAAUAUAGAGUGGUUAAAUGUAUUUUCUUCGUGCAUAGUUUAUUAGAAUUAUGAGUUUUAUUGUGAUUUUAUGGUAAAAGAGAUAAGUAACGAAAUUUGUUAAUUUGAAUAUUCAUGCAUUCGUGCAUUGUUGUAUGUAAGUAGUUAGGUAUAUUGGAAAUCAAUAAUAGUCUAGGGCCUCUCAAAUAAUAUAGGGCUAUUAAAUAUUAUAAGAGGCUGCAUUUAUUGCAAGCUGUUUUUGGCUCUUGCUGAAAAUUGGAAUAGUGCUUGUAAGCCAAAUAAAACAUAUUCUGCUUUUGCCAUUAACAAUAUCAAUAAAUAUUCAAUCUAAAAAUUCCAAAUUUUUAGUCAUGUACAUAAUAUAGGCAGUAGCAUUUUUAUAGCACUUCUUAGACAACAGGUGUUACGAUGUUAUCUGUUGCACAGAUAAUAAUAAUAUAAUACCAACGACGUAAA